AUGCGAGAGCUCGAGCAAAUUUCUCAAUCAAUUCAAGAUGGAGAAUCGAGAAAUAGAAAUAAUCAAACGAUCGAACGAAACGAUGAAAGUAAUAGUGAAGUGCCGCAAGAUCCGCAACCGAUUCUCAGUGUUCUCUGCAGUUUGGUUGACGAAAUCGGGACAUUGCGGAAAGAGAAUCGACGAUUGAAGACAAGACUCACUUUGCCACCGCCACGAAUGAAUAUGAUCCAACGGAUGUCAACUAUUCUCGAUUCUCGCGGAAUCACUCUCCCCAAAAUGAGACGCCAACCCGAACGUAAACCGCCUUUGGUUCAACCCGAGAUGACAGACAGCGAUGUCGAGGAUACAGCUUUUGAUGAACCUUUAUCAUCAACAUCGUCUCAACCGCGAAGAUCGACGCUUCGACGAAGAGAUUUAUCCAUUUCUGAAUGUACAUCUCCAUCGAGUGCUUCGAGUAGAGAUCCAUCCGAAAAUAUGACUUCCUCUCGGUCAUCGUUUUUCGAGUUUUUCGGGCUAAAGAAGAGAAAAGAAGUGAUCAAUUCAGUGAGUGACUUGUUGAUGCCUCGUGUUGUGACUCGACGAAAAAGGAAAAGCAGUCGAGAUAAUGAAGAAGUUGGAAGAGACGAAAGACAAAGGCAAAGAGUAAAGGUCGGAAAUUGGGGAAAUGAUGAUACGGUUCCAAUACGAUCCACAUCUUUUCUCACAGCCGUUUACGAAAAAGAUAAAUUUGAGCAAGAUGCAAUGCUUCGCGUUGAUCGAGAGACAAGAUUGAGACAUGAAAGGGACAAUUUUGGAGCUGAAGUUCAAGAAUUGAAGACAAGGAAUGAACGAUUGGUUGAGCAGUUGCGGGAGAAAUCUUCUCUGUUUAGCCGCCUUCAAGCUGAAUUGGGAGAAACUGAGCGAGAGAUUGAGAGCUACCGUAAAAAAUGUCAAUUCGAUGAGAACAUUGAAAGAUUGAGUUUAUCCGAACGAUUCACACGUAAUCAUUCUCUUCAUUUGUCAAAGAUUGAGGAACGUUUGCGGCAAUUCGAGACAAAAUUGCAGACGAGUCGAGCUGAGAUUGCCGUGCAACACCAGGCUGUUCGUUUCUGUCUU